AUGACAACAAUUGAGUAUGGUGGUGGGCCAUCACUUGAGCAACGUCGGGCAUUUGCAAAUUUGGAAGAGGGGGGACAUGUGCCUGGUUCAUCACGUCCACAUAGUUCAAUACCAUAUACACCAAAUAGUAAUUAUUAUAGUGCAAGAAUAUUUCAUCAAGAAGGUAUGAUCCCAGAUUAUGAAGGUCAUAUACAUGGUUAUCAAUAUCAUGUUGGAAAGAAUUUUGGUAAUACAACACGUGAUUUAGAAAUAAUUGGACUGAAGAGAUUAGUCGGAGUACCGGAAACUUGUAUUACGUUAACCGUUUGAAAUCUGAAUCUACUUUCGAUGUACCAAAAAGUGAACACUUGUCAUUCACGUGAGUACAUUGCUGUGAUUACUUAGCUCAGUAAUAUAACUCAGAGAAAUUACAAAGUACCAAUUGAUGCAGUCUGCAUCUUUCAAGUACUCCAUUUUUAUCGUCUAAAGGAUGAUGGGUUUGAACUGUCGAUCGAGUGGUUGAAAGUUGCUUGUCUAAAUAACCUCAAAUACCUCAUUGACAUACCGGUUACAGCGUCAGAUUUUGGACAAUUAUGUUAAAUAUAUUUGAUUAGCCAAAUAUUUAUCGUUGCUGUUCACACUUGAGGUGUUACGUAAAGAUAAGAAACUUAAAUAAGUUUCUUGAUUUUGAAGUAUCCCAGCUCCGAAAUACUUAGACUUUGUCCUCUACACCUCUGAUUCGAUUGAUGGUGGAAAGAAUCUCCACUCUUCCAAUCAAAUGGUUCGUAUCUAGCUGCUCAUUUAUGGCAUCCUCAAGGGAUGCAUUACUACUGUCCAAAGAUAAGAUGAAAUUACAGGUUUCACCCUUAAAUUGUGUUGGUGAUUGCGGAUAGUUCAUCUACAGGAUUUGUUAGAAACAGAUUUGAAAUUAAUGGUCUUUAUGAGUUCCAACAUUUUGAAUAAACAAAUGCAUGAUUCAUUUUUGGUCACCAGAUACCAAAAGACUGAGUCUGCUGAGGUUCCUUCACUGUUUUUUCGAUGGAAAGGUUUUGCUAAAAGCAAUCUUAGUGCUGGGCUAACUUGCUUAUAAUGUUUCUCUUUGCCUUCUGAUUUUAUGCAUCGUUAAGGUUUGUAUUAUAACGGUUAUCGCGGUGAACGAUUAGCGAAGCACGGUACUACAAUGUCCUCUACUUGAUUUUGGCAGAAUACGACGUACAACUUACGGCACUUCAACGUGUAUAAAUCCACGGCCGUUAAACCAGAAGAUGGAAGAAGCAAGGGAAAUGGUUACUGGAUAAAAAUGGAAAACGUACAGAAAAAAGAUGGGUACUUAUACGAUCACUAAAUCGGAUCACGUAAUUCACAUAUACAAUAUCCGAUCGACAAUAAAGAACCAGGUAGUAAGUUAAUAAUAAUCUAUUUAACACAAUACAAACAACCUGUAGAACUCAUCAGUAGAAAUGGAUUCAAAUAUUAUUAGUUUUUCAGCGCUUCAGAAUUCUGAGUGCCUAUUUCAACUUGUUCAUAAGUCAUUUUGAGUCCACUGUCUCAUGACAUUAGUUUUCCUUUAUUGUUGUUUUCGACUAGUUGGUCAGUGUCUUAAAUUUGUUAUCACUGCAUGGGUACUUUCAUAAGUGCUCACAACAAUCAACAGAUACAUAUACUUUCAAUCGGCUGAUUUUUGUAGAAUGUGCAUUCACUAGGCAUAGGUACUCAUCAGACAAAAUAUGGACAUAUUAUCGAUUAACUAACUACAGUAUAAGUAUGUCUGACCAGUCAUUCUCAAUGUGAUGAGAUAGUAACACCAUAAUUCUAACUUAAACAUACAGGCGGAUACAUUUAGGCCGUAGAACAUAUAGUUGAAAAUGAAACGGGGCAACUAAGAUUAUACCAAAUAAUAUGUUCAGUUCAUUUACUUCGUACUUUUACGUCCAUAUGAUGCAGUCGCAAAGGGUACCCAAACCAAGACAUGGUAUCAGUUCAUGACACCACUCACUGGUUGUUUUUAAACUAUUCAGUUGGAGUUCACGAUGACUGAAACUCUUGGGUAACAUGAAUCAAAAUCGACCACUUACCCGGACAUACACAAUACUAUAUAUUGCUUAUGUUCAGAAUUCAAUCAUAUUCUCUGCCUUAUCUUUUUCCACCAUCAUAGACCACCAUUUUACUAGUACAUUAUGUAUUUUAUUCAUUUCAUCUCUUUUUACUGUGUUGGUUGUAACAAGUGAAAUCAACGUACAUUGAUGCCGUAGCAGCAGCUCACGUACGAUUGAGUUUGUUCAUAUUUAAAUUGGUUUAACCCUUUUGUUCGCUUAUUUAACGGAUAGAGUCACUCGUACAGUAACAACCUAUCUGUGCUAUUGUAACUUUAUGAUUGUUGCACUUUUAUGAAUGUGUAUGGUUGAGCAUUGCCUACUGUCUACGCAUAUAUUCAUUCUGUUGCCUUUCUAUUAGUGGCUCAAGUGAUUCAAUGUUUCAUUCAUUUCCACACUCGUUCAUGGACUCGAUCAUCCUCUCGCUUACCGACCAAAACGCCGUGUCUGUCCCACGUCAUAUUUGAUUAAUUACCAAUGUUUUCUUUCAAAUCAAAGAUGACUGAUAUUGAUUAAUUAUCUUCUUUUUUACUACAAUGGUAAUUUGUUAGAGAAUUCCAAACGGAAAAAGAAAGAAUGGUUCACGUUCUAAAAUAAUAUUUACAAUGUUGGCAUCAAUCUAUGCCGAGAACUGGAGGCAGACAUGAGAAUAAUGAACAUAGGUUGGAUAGAAGUAGAAAAGAAGGUCCAAGACAGAGUGGGUUGGAGAAUACUGGUCAGCAGUCUAUGCUCCAUUGGGCGUAACAUGCGUAAGUAAACUCCUUGUGGAAUAUUACUUGUGAUAUUAUCUGUAAGGACGGCCCGUCGGUAGACUCUCGGAAGCCCUAAGAAGCCCAGGAAGGGCCGCAGACAUUCCAUCCAAUCACGGCUUGGGGAAUGUUCUAGAAAUGCCAACGUGGAGCUUCUCCAUUGGAUGGAUUAGUUUGAUACCUAUGUGCUUAUUGGUUGACCUAAAUGAUAAUUUACUUUCAGCCAAAAACUAUUAAUACACGAGAUUUCUGUGCUAUAUUUUGACACUGUUGGGGCAAUUAAACUUCCUGCUUACCA